AGGACAAUGAACUGUUGUAAUAAAAAAGAAAUACAGCACGGGCGGAAUCAGCCACGUCCAACUAGCGGGUUUUCUCCCUCCUGAUUUGCUUUAUACUGUAGAUAGGCAGACAGAAUGGAGAUGUCAGGAGGAGAGGCACUGAAAGAGUAGUAGUGGAGGGUGGGAGACGACGAAACCAGGAGUGGUGAGGAUGUAUUAUGCAAUAGUAGAACAAAGGAGGUACAAGAAGGGGAAAAAGAAUAUUAUCAGAUUACCGCAAUCCCUGGUCGGCCAGGUAAAGAUGGGGAAAAAGGAAUAAAAGAAAAAAAAAAAUCAGAUUCAAAUUAAGAAUUAAAAUCAAAAACACGGGGUUGAACGGGAUGAAGCGGAUGGAAAAGAAAGAUAGAUUAAGAAUCGUAGCUGGGGUAAGUAAGGGAAAUCAGAUACAUAAGUGGAGUGGAGAUGGACUGGGCUGCCAUGGUUGAGGAUGCACGAAAGACACCACAGUGACGAAUGCGUUAUCCACAGGCAACUGUAGCUCUCACGGACAACGGAAUUGGGAACGAGAAGAUGGAUCGGCAGGUUGCAGACGGUCGGGGAAGGGAACCAGCUACUGACAAGAUCAUUGUGUAAGAGCGAGAGACCGCGUGUGGAUGUGGAUGUGGGUAAGGGUGUCAGAGUAAAUGGAGCUAAGAAAGAGCAAACACACCCGGAUAUUAUUCACCAGCCAGCCAAGGUACCUUUUUUGUGCCCUCUUUGACAAUAGGAAUUGGAGAGGGAUGUGGAUGGAGCCAUGGGAAUGGACGGUCAAGGUCAGCCUUGGACUGGCGUGGUCCUUUCAGAAUUCAGACUUUCGGACACAACGCCAUCCCUGAAAGCGGACAAGUCAAAGCAAGAAUUGCACCGGCGAUGCCCGCUAGAAGCACCCAAGAAAAUAAUAAUAAUAUUAGAUAAAUAAAAUAAAAAUCAUA